GAUCGCUUAAGGAUUGCUUGUAGGGCUUCAUGUUCAGCGUGGAGUAAGGAACAUGUGAAUGUGGGCAGCGCAUUUGCCGAGAGACCCCAGGCAUGCUUGGAUUCUGGCAUUCUUAGUCAUUGCUUGGCGGCAUGAGGUCUCGGGGUGGUAGCUUUGGCACACUUGCUAUCUGGAUUGGUUUUGGCCUACGCAACUAGGCUAAACUAGGGGUCUCGAUUAGUAAUUGUAGUAAAACUCACCGUGAAACUCAGCGUGUGUGCUGUUUGAUUCGGUUUUGGUACAUUAUUGGGUGGAUCAGUUGGUGCCACUCAUUGCGGGAUAGAGUGUUCGGAGAGGCUGAUCUGAUGCUACAGUUUCGUGUGCAGCUAGUCUUUAGAGAUUCGGGCAACGCACUUGUUGAAGAUCGGAAACUUUCAAAAUCGGUCGAGUCGUAUUAGGUGUUGUUUCAUUGUAAGGGUUCGGAAGCACGGGGCACGGCGUAUAUACCGUUCCCCUUGAACGUUGAUCUCACCUUUGGAAGACCUGAAUUGAGUAGCGUGCGGAAGCUGCAUCGAUCCGGAAGAGACGAUGAGUAGGAGAGUGAGAAGGGGAGGUCUUCGCGUCGCGGUGCCGAAGCAAGAGACUCCCGUCAGCAAAUUUUUGACUGCCAGUGGAACUUUCCAGGAUGAUGAUAUCAAGCUCAACCACACCGGGCUUCGCGUCGUCUCUUCAGAACCUAACCUUCCUACGCAGACGCAGUCUAGCUCCCCAGAUGGGCAACUGUCAAUAGCAGACCUGGAGUUAGUGCGGUUCUUAGGAAAGGGUGCGGGUGGAACCGUGCAGCUUGUCCGGCACAAAUGGACCAAUGUCAAUUAUGCACUGAAGGCGAUACAAAUGAAUAUCAACGAAACAGUGAGGAAGCAGAUUGUUCAGGAGCUGAAAAUCAACCAAGUGACGCACCAGCAGUGCCCUUAUAUCGUGGAAUGCUUCCACUCCUUCUACCACAACGGCGUCAUAUCCAUGAUCCUAGAGUACAUGGACAGGGGCUCGUUGUCCGACAUUAUUAAGCAACAAAAGCAGAUACCUGAGCCGUAUUUGGCCGUCAUUGCUAGUCAAGUUCUGAAGGGAUUGGAAUACCUACACCAAGUCAGGCACAUCAUACAUCGUGAUAUAAAGCCCUCCAACCUCCUCAUCAAUCACAAGGGUGAGGUCAAAAUAUCUGAUUUUGGUGUCAGUGCUGUGUUGGUUCAUUCCUUGGCCCAGCGAGACACGUUCGUUGGGACUUGCACAUAUAUGUCGCCAGAACGCCUUCAGGGGCGUUCGUAUGCAUACGACAGUGACCUAUGGAGUUUAGGAUUGACUCUUUUGGAGUGUGCGUUGGGUACCUUCCCAUACAAACCAGCUGGAAUGGAAGAGGGUUGGCAAAAUUUCUUCAUCCUCAUGGAAUGUAUAGUUAAUCAACCCCCCGCAGCCGCAUCCCCUGACAAAUUCUCCCCCGAAUUUUGUUCUUUUAUUGAAUCCUGCAUCCGGAAAUGUCCCAGUGAACGACCAUCAACUACUGAUUUACUUAAACAUCCGUUCCUGCAAAAGUACAACGAGGAAGAGUACCAUUUGAGCAAGAUUUUGUAACUUAAAGUUAGCCUCGCAUGGCGUGCAGAGACUGUCACUACCACAAGCCUGAUCCACCACUGAACUUCAAGGGACUUUACCAAAAGCAUGGUCGAACUACCUCGCCAAUCCGCCACUUUCUCAAUGCCUUUUCCUUAUAUAGUCAUAUGUGGUCAAGUUGAGAACGAUAUCAAAUCAGAUUGACGGAAAAAACAUCUUCAACGCCGUUUCCCAACCUUAUAGAAAGUGGAGUUUUCUCAAUGAGCCCCAUUUGUCGCUGAGAACGUGCAGCUCAUGAAACAAUCCAUAAGUGUGUUAAUCGGGGUCUUAUAUUAUCAUCACCAUGCUAGCUUUUUAUGUUACCUGCACUUUUUCUUUCCUUAUUGCACAGCAUCGAACACUUCUUCGAUACCCAAAACAAUAUUUCCAUCUUCUUUCUUCUUUUUUUCACGUCUUGCGACAAGGAAUUUCCUCACGGAGAUUUUUCAACACUUUUCUCAAAUGUUUUUAGAGUUUUUAAACUGACAAUUGAAGAGGUCGGACCUACCGGAGUAGCAAAA